AUGGACACCGCUUCGCUAGACAGCCCUCGUCGCAGUCCUUUCGGCCCAUCGCUCUUUAGUUCACGGAAGCGCAGUUUUGAUCAGACCCAGUUACCGCAACAAAACAAUGGCUCUUCGCGCCGAUCCACUCCCACGCACAUCCAUCCCCGCGUGGACUUGGAGCGCCAUUCCAGACACAUAGUGUCCCUCUCAUCGCCCAAUAGAUCGCCAAGUCUUGAGGACCUCGAGAAUCGCUUGUACGAGUCGCCGGUAUUAGCUAGGCAAUAUCAUGGCGACGAGAGUAUCAUCCUGGUGGGAUUUCCUAGCGCAGGCAAGAAAACGCUGGGUCUCAUAGCCUCGGCUGCUCUGCGGAGAGAGUUUGUUGAUUUUGACACCGUCUUCACGGCAAGUUCAGGGCUAUCGCCCCGAGAAUACAUCGAGGCGCAUGGAGCAACUGCAUACCGGAAUCUGGAAGACGAGGUAACCAGUGAGCCAUUGAUGGACGAUAAAGCACUUGGACCCCUCAAAUUGAAAGCGACCGAGGGAGAAUUUAUCCGCUUUCUCAAUGGUAUUUUUCCGCAAUCUGAAGAGCCAAAGGCACUUGCCAAUAUCUUUUCACAUCCGUACACUUAUGCGCUGCAAGUUCCAAUGUCAUGGUUGGAAGACACACAAGCCGACUACACGGAGCUUGACUCUGGAGCGGACGCAGUGGUCAUACUGGUUGAAAUUACCCUUGAAAAUCAACAUGAAAUCUUCUCUCAGCUAUCACAAAGAGUUGCAGUAUUAAGAAAGUACUGCCAUGUCCCUAUUAUCAUCGAUCUGGAGAUCUCGACGAAGAUGAGCUAUAUAGCUCAAGCCAACUUGUUGGAACUCGUUGUGCGGCAAGCACCAGAGGUUAUCGUUGUUUCAUUGGACACGAGAGCAGCUUUAGCCAAGCAAUUACAGCUUGCAAAGUGCCAUUCUAAGAUCAUUGGGAAAUACCACCACCCUGGAUCCGUUUCAGAAUACUGGAACUCCACUACUUUGCCAGCCGUCUUUGACAAAGCAAGCUUACUCCAUUGUAGUGCCAUAAGGCUGACUGGCGAGGCUCACGAGCCUAUUGAUAAUCUUGGAUGUGUUAAAGUGAUUUUAGAGGCACAGAAAUUCAGCGACUUUCCGGUGAGCUGCUAUAAUACUGGGAAAUUUGGACGUUCAUCCGUUUGCUUAAACCCUCUUUUAUCCCCCGUCGUCCUCCGGUCGCAAGCUACGAGUCGCGGGGUCACCCUCGCAGAUGCUCAAAAAGCAUUAUAUUCCUCCUUCUGGAGAUCAAAAAAAUAUUUUACAGUUUUUGGACAGAAUGUUUCAUACAGCUUGACGCCAGCUAUGCAUAAUGCUGCGUCCACUGCAUGUGGAAUGCCUCACAUUUGUGAUUACGUUGAAAGCGAUCAACUGGCUCGCAUUCGCGAGGUUUUCCGACGUGACUCACAGGGCGGGCUUGCUAUUGUAUAUCCAUACAAAACCGAGGUCGUGCAGAUGAUGGAUGAAAUGAGUCUUGAUGCCAAAGUUAUCGGCGCGGUCAACACCGUUGUUAUUGAGAGCAUUUCGACUGGCCAGGAUAGUUCAAGAUUAUAUCUCAAGGGCUACAAUACAGACCAUAUUGGAAUUCGUACAUGUAUCGAGAAGAAUCUCUCGCCUGCAAAUGCAGUACGAUCGCAAACGAGCGCGCUGAUUAUCGGCGCCGGCGGUAUGGCUCSUGCUGCCAUAUAUGCCUGUGUCAAAGCGGGKGUCAAGAAUAUUUGCAUCUUCAACCGAACUGAAGCGAAUGCUCGUAGACUUGCGGAUUAUUUUGCAACGGUUUAUCCUGAUUUGCGAGUGGCUGUUUUCACUACCCUCGCCACCCCAUGGCCUGCUGAUCUGUGGCAGCCCACAAUUAUCGUCUCUUGUAUCCCUGCACACAAAGUUGGUGAUAAUGACGCCCCAGACUUUCUAAUCCCGGAACAAUGGUUAAGUAGUCCGACCGGGGGUGUUUUCGUUGAGUUUGCUUACAAACCUCUUGUCACCCGACUGAUUCGCGAUAUGCAAGCUCGACGGUCGCAAGGGUGGAUUGUCGCUGAUGGUCUCGAUGUGCUUGUUGAGCAGGGUAUUGCUCAAUUUGAACUAUUCACGAACAGACCUGCGCCUAGCCACAUUAUGCGACAUACAGUACGAGAACAAUACUUCAUUGCCCAAAAUGCUCAACGCGACGAUGAGUCUGCAGAUACUGACUGA